AUGCCCGCCGCCCCGCCUCUCGCGGCGGCCGCGCGGGCGGCCGCGGCGCCUGGGCGCCUUGGCUGCCACACGGCGUCGGCGGCGGCCGCGGUCGAGCGGCUGGUGCUGCGACUGGUCUGCGACCUGGCGGCCGCGGCCGCCGUGGCCGAGGCGGCGCCCGGCGCUGGUGGCGUCACGGUGUGCGUCGAGCUGGCCGAUCCGACCCAGGCCCGCAUCGUGGAGAGCGGCGGCUUUGCGGCGCGGGUCGACCGCAAGCUGACGCUGGAGGUGUCGCCCCAGAGCAGCCGCCGCCUGGCCAGGCUCCUCGCGGCGCUCGACGCGGUGCACCGCCUCAGCCUGGCGGGCCGCGCCGCCACGCAGCGGGAGCUCUUCUACCGCGCCACGGCCGAUGGCGACGGGACGCUCUUCCCGGGCCAGAAGGUCAUGAACGACCGGGCAUCGCACCGCAUACGCGACGCGGUGGGCGCCCUCGGCAUCGGCCGCCCUCACCUCGGCGUCCUCACGGCGGAGCGCGGCCUCGUUUCGGGCCGGGCGCGGUGGCCUUCCGGCGCGCGGGGGGCGCCGCGGAGUGCGGCGCGGCCGCCGCGGCGUGCGGCGCGGCGUGCAGCACCAGCGGCCUGCCGAUCGGCGAGGCGCUGUUCGACGAGGAGCAGCACAUGGAGGUCGGGUCGGCGCGCUGCGUGCUGGUCGUGGAGAAGGACACCUUCUUCCAGUACCUGCUGCGGGGCCGCCUGCUGUCCGUCCUGCCCCUGGUGCUCGUGACCGGCCGCGGGUACCCGGACGUCCUGACCCGGCGGUUGCUGCAGCGGCUGCAGCGGACGGCGCCGUGGCUGCCCCAGGUGUACCUCGGCGACUACGACCCGCACGGGGUCGCCAUCUUCCUGCUCUACCGCGCCAGCUGCCCCGGGCUGCGGUGGCUUGGGCUGCACGGGGCCCACACCGCCGCGCUGCCGGCCGCGGCGUCGCUGCCGCUCACCGGGCGCGACGGGGCCCUGCGGGCGUCGCUGCUGCGGAGGGCGGACGUGGCGGAGAGCGACGACAUCCAUCGCCCGCCAGCUCCGCGGCAUGCGCCGCAAGUUCGAGCUGGAGGCCCUGCACUCCGCCCUCGGGCACGACGAGGUCGCGUCGCGCUGGGUGCCCGAGAGGAUCCUGCGGCGGGCGUGGAUCUGAGAGGGCUCUCCCGGCAGGCUGUGUGGAGAGGCGCCGCCCGAGCCCCAACGGGCCCGACGUCUUCCACCCGGCGGUGCUUCGGCUUUUCUCGGCGUCGGCCCGCGGGGCCCGUGGGCGGGCCCCGGGGCCAGCAGACCUGGACUUGGCAGCGCUCG